UUUUCUUGGAGCCGCCGAGUGUGUCAGUCGAGGAGCGAGGAAUGUGAUACGUCCCGGCAGCUGGGGGAGCCGGGGGAGCCGGAGCAUAUCUGGUAUGUGUCUCUGGAAUGAUUUGGGGAAAAUUCACCGAAGUUGGAACUUGAGACGCGAACUGCCCGGCCCCCCGAGAGAUAGGGAGCUGUCCGCGCGCACCCCCCGCAGAGGGACCCGGUGCGGGGGCAGGAGGCAGCUUACACAGCAGGCGCUGCUGCUCAGGCCCGCCCUGGAAUGGCCGUGAACUUGUUGUUUUUCCACGUCAUUUGCUCUCAAAUGUACUAUCGGGCCAGGCGAUGCUAACUCUGCGGCUGCAGGUCCCUCCUGUAACAAGCGAUCGUGUGUUCUUCGGAGGUGGCCACGCGGAGGAGGGGGCCCGGCCCCGGGGAGGUGGGGGAAAGGGAAACAAACCACUCCUUUACAGUGAGCUUGCGUGUCCCGGAGCCAGCUCCCCCCAAAGCACAUGCCAUUUCUGGCCCUUGAAGGGGUUAAAGGCCUCCUGGAGUCAAAAACAAGCAGGUGUCCCACCGUGCCAGAUACGCCGCCUAAACCGCUUCCAGCUUUUUUUUUCCCUUCUGCAACAAGUCUGUGAUCGGCCACGGGACAGAGGAGCCAGCAGCCUGCCUGUGACAGGCAUCAGGUUAGCUCGCUCGCUCCCACUCGGGUGGCGCGCCCAGGAUAUAAAUCCAGGCUCGGGCCCCUGCUGCGGGCUCCUCUCCCUGCACACUCAGGAGAGGGAGUUUCCUUGCAGAGACCUUCCCUUUAUCUGAAGCCGCACAGCCCAGCGGGCUCCACUGACUUGGUGGAGGCGGCGGCGGCGGCAGCGAGGAAGCCCGCUGGGGUGGGGAGGGCAGGUGUCUGCAGCCCAGAGGAGGAGGCGGCCCUGGUGGGCCCCAGCCCCUGGCCUCGUUGCAGGGGAGGGCUCUAGCCACCGCAGACCACACCAUGUGGGCCCCGGGGUGCUGCUGCCGGCUCUGGUCCCGCUGGGCGCAGGUGGCAGUGCUGCUGCUGCUGCUGCUCGGGGUGCCCCCGAGAGGCCUGACACUGCCGCCCAUCCGCUAUUCCCAUGCUGGCAUCUGCCCCAACGACAUGAACCCCAACCUCUGGGUGGAUGCCCAGAGCACCUGCAAGCGGGAGUGUGAGACAGACCAGGAGUGCGAGACCUAUGAGAAGUGCUGCCCCAACGUGUGUGGGACCAAGAGCUGUGUGGCCGCCCGGUACAUGGACGUGAAAGGGAAGAAGGGCCCUGUGGGCAUGCCCAAGGAGGCCACCUGCGACCACUUCAUGUGUCUGCAGCAGGGCUCCGAGUGUGACAUCUGGGACGGCCAGCCCGUGUGUAAGUGUAAAGAUCGCUGUGAGAAGGAGCCCAGCUUCACGUGCGCCUCCGACGGCCUCACCUACUAUAACCGUUGCUACAUGGAUGCUGAGGCCUGCUCUAAGGGCAUCACGCUGGCCGUCGUCACCUGCCGCUAUCACUUCACCUGGCCACACACCAGUCCCCCGCCACCUGAGACCACAGCGCGCCCCACCACCGCCUCCCCAGAGACCCCCGGGAUGGAUACGGUGGCCCCCGCUCUGCUCAACCACCCUGUGCACCAGUCGGUCACCGUGGGUGAGACGGUGAGCUUCCUCUGUGAUGUGGUGGGCCGGCCCCGGCCUGAGAUCACCUGGGAGAAGCAGCUGGAAGAUCGGGAGAACGUGGUCAUGCGGCCAAACCACGUGCGGGGCAACGUGGUGGUCACCAACAUCGCCCAGCUGGUCAUCUACAACGCCCAGCCCCAGGACACUGGCAUCUAUACGUGCACAGCCCGGAAUGCUGGCGGGGUCCUGCGUGCCGACUUCCCACUGUCAGUGGUCAGGGGGGGUCAGGCUGCGACCACCUUGGAGAGCGGCCCCAACGGCACGGCCUUCCCCGCGGCCGAGUGCCUGAAGCCCCCCGACAGCGAGGACUGCGGCGAGGAGCAGACCCGCUGGCACUUCGACGCGCAGGCCAACAACUGCCUCACCUUCACCUUCGGCCACUGCCACCGCAACCGGAACCACUUUGAGACCUAUGAGGCCUGCAUGCUGGCCUGCAUGAGCGGGCCGCUGGCCGUGUGCAGCCUGCCCGCCCUGCAGGGGCCCUGCAAGGCCUACGCCCCUCGCUGGGCUUACAACAGCCAGAGCGGCCAGUGCCAGUCCUUCGUCUACGGCGGCUGCGAGGGCAACAGCAACAACUUUGAGAGCCGCGAGGCCUGCGAGGAGUCCUGCCCCUUCCCUCGGGGGAACCAGCGCUGCCGGGCCUGCAAGCCAAGGCAGAAGCUCGUCACCAGCUUCUGUCGGAGCGACUUUGUCAUCUUGGGCCGCGUGUCUGAGCUGACCGAGGAGCCCGACUCGGGUCGCGCCCUGGUGACCGUGGACGAGGUCCUCAAGGAUGAGAAGAUGGGCCUCAAGUUCCUGGGCCAGGAGCCGCUGGAAGUCACCCUGCUCCACGUGGACUGGACCUGCCCCUGCCCCAAUGUGACGGUGGGCGAGACUCCGCUCAUCAUCAUGGGUGAGGUGGAUGGUGGCAUGGCCAUGCUGCGGCCCGACAGCUUCGUGGGGGCGUCCAGCAGCCGGCGGGUCAGGAAGCUGCGCGAGGUCAUGCACAAGAAGACCUGCGACGUCCUCAAGGAGUUUCUCGGCUUGCACUGAAGCCCCCCGACCCCCGCCCCUCCCCAGCCCCCUCCCCCGCCCUCAUCUACCUAUCCACCCCUCACGCCUCUCAGUCCACAAACUGGGCAAGGGCAGGUUAGACAGUCUUGGGCCAGCAGGGAAACAGCAAUCAGUGCAUCAGAAAAAAUCCACCAGAGGCUCUUAGAUCAACUUCUAGUCUUUGGGUUCAAUCAGGGGUCUGUAUCUUCUUUAGCUGAAGGGGACAAAGGGAGAAGCCAGUAGACACCUGGAAGCUAUUCCUGAUGACCAGUCAGCCUGGGCAUUAUGACCUUCUCUUUGCUGGUCGGCCCACAGCCAGCGCCCAGCCGGGCUUCCAGAGAUGGCGACUGCGUGGUCACGGGAAUCAUGGAAUGAAUCUGUUUGCCAAAAGGGUAGGUGGGGAGAGAAAGCAUGCAACUUGCCCUGAGGUGGUGGUGAGCCUGUGCUUCGGUCAAAUUGGCUCUGUGGACUCUGAGGCCACCAUGGCACCAGCAGAAUAUACAGUUUUCAUGCUUCUCCUUGGCUUUAUUGAUUGGUUCAUUGAUUGUCAAUUUAUUAAUUUAGCUCUGCUCAGUCUGACUCAAGGGACAUUUUCGGAACACGUACCGGGAGCCAGGCGCUAGGACACAGAGAGAUAUUAGUCACUGCCCAGCUCCUGGUGACUGAUGGGAAUGUCCAGACCCCAGAGUCCCCCCGGCCUCCCCAGGGCCCCCAGAAGCAGACCCAUGGCUGGCCCUCCCAGCUGUCAAAUGGUCCCAUUUGAAGGACAGGGUGCUUUCAACUGCCACUGGCUUCCUUGGACAGAAAGCAGAUAGAAGCCCCAGGAUCUGUUUUGGUGGGAAGGGAAAUAAAGGGAAAGUCAGGAUUGGGGUGGGAAGCUCCCUGAAAGAAAGGAGGGAGGAGGGGAGUCAGGCUUGGGAAGGAAAAGGAAUGUUGCUCGAUGCUUCCAUCUGGUGGUGGCCUUGGGAGCUGCAGGGCCCUGAGGGCGGCUCCAGGCGAGAGCAGGGAGGGCAGAUUUGGGGUUGCGGCAGCUUGUUGGUGACUUCUCGUUUCUGUGCAGGUGCAGCCACCCCCCCCCACUCCCCCCCCACACACACAUACUAGAUAAAGGACUUGGGAAAGCCACUGUCAGCUCUACAUCUGCCCCCCUUUCCUCCUCAGCCCUUCAUUCUGUCCGGGCCCCCCCCAAAGCUGAAGAAGGUCAUUGUGGGGCAUCCUUGUUUCUUCCUCAAAUGUAGGGAGGAAGAUACCGAUUAAAAGUUCAUAGUAUCAACAGCC